CCUCCCUCCCUCCCGGGGCUGGAAACCCGGGGCGGCAGCAACAGGUCGGGUGGAGACCGAAGGCGCAGGCAGGCGGCGGGGACAGUGGCUUCACAGACCUCAGCAACUAUGGCUUCCUGCCCAGACUCUGACAACAGCUGGGUGCUUGCCGGCUCGGAGAGCCUGCCCGUGGAGACCCUGGGCCAGGAAUCCACGGUGGACACAGCAUCGGAGCGAGCCCCCCAGGCCCUCGGGAGCCCCUCCAAGGCAGCUUUGGAAGAGUUAGCUGGGGCUGAGGCUGGAGGAGAGACCGUCUGCCCGAGCGAAAGCUCCCAGUGUGGGCCCCUUCUGUCAGAGAAGACUGAGGCGGAGGGGGACCUGGAAGGCGAUGGCUGUGCUGGGGGCCCCCCUGGCCCAGGAGACACGCUGGUCCAGGGAGACUCGGACGAGGCCCCUGCGGCAGCAGGCCUGGGACCGGACACAGAGGAUGCGGAGGGUCAGAGCCCCCCGGGGAGCCUGCCUUCGUUGCCCAGCGCAGCUUGGCCCAGGGAGGAGGCCCACUGCUCUAGCAGCGAGGACGACACCGAUGUGGACGUGGAGGGUCUGCGGAGACGGCGGGGCCGGCAGCCCAGCGCUCCUCAGCCCGUGGGGCCCCUAGGCACGGGGGACCAGGCCAGAGGCGAGGGUGCGGGCUGCGAGCUGGGCAUCUCCCUCAACGUGUGCGUCCUUGGGGCCCUGGUUCUGCUGGGCCUGGGGAUCCUCCUCUUCUCCGGUGGUCUGUCAGAGUCGGACAGGGGGCCCGUGGAGGAAGUAGAACUGCAGGUCUUCCCGGACACGGGGUUGGACACGGAGGUGCGUGAUGCUGCGGGGGACGGGCAGGAUGGGGUCCCACGGCCCUCUGACAGCGUCCCCAGCCUGCAGAGCAUGGCCCUGCUGCUGGCCAAGGAGAACCAGGACAUCCGGCUGCUGCAGGCCCAGCUGCAGGCCCAGAAGGAAGAGCUUCAGGGCCUGAUGCAGCGGCCCAGAGAACUGGAAGAGGAGAACGCCCGGCUGCGCGGGGCCCUGCGGCAGGGCCAGUCCUCGCAGCGCGCCCUGGAGUUGGAGCUGCAGCAGCUGCGGGCCCGGCUGCAGGGGCUGGAGGCCGACUGCGUCCGGGGCCCGGACGGGGUGUGCUUCAGCUGGGGCUCCCAGGGUGGCAGGGUCACGGAGCAGCCGGGUCCCAGGGAGCAGAAGCCAGACGCUGGCUUCCUGGAGCAGAAGGAGCGGCUGGAGGCUGAGGCUGAGGCCUUAAGGCGGGAGCCAGAGAGGCCGCGGCAGCUGCUGGGGUCCAUGCAGCAGGACCUGGAGCAGAGCCUAAGGGGCGCGGGCCGUGGGGACCCGGCGCCUGCUGGCCUGACCGAGCUGGGCCACAGACUGGCCCAGAAGUUCCAGGGCCUGCAGAACUGGGGCGAGCAUCCUGGGGUCCGUGCCAAUGACUCAGAGGCCCACUUCCAGAGUUCUAGGGAAGGGGGUGGGAGGGAGAAGUGGCAGGAUGGGCAGGGGGACCGGAACGCUGAGCCCCGGAAGCGCAGGAAGGAGGGGUCUGGCCACGAAAGAAAGAAAGGCUGGCGGGGUGAGGGGGACAGGGAGCUGGCUCGGAAGGGGAAGGAGGGCAAGCGCCAGGGCCCCAAGGAGCCCCCUCGGAAGAGGGGGGGCCCGCAGUCCUCCGUGGAGAGGCAGAAGCACCCUCGGGGCAGGGAGGGGGCUAAAGCCGGGCCUGACCCCCUGCCACUGUGGGCAGCGCUGUCGAGGCACAAGUACCGGGCGCCCCAGGGCUGCUCGGGCGUGCGCGAGUGUGCCCGGCAGGAGGGCCUGGACUUCGGCGUGGAGCUGGCCCCGGUGCGGCGGCAGGAGCUGGCCUCUCUGCUGAGGGCUUACCUGGCGCGGCUGCCCUGGGCCGGGCAGCUGUCCAAGGAGCUGCCCCUCUCGCCUGCUUACUUCAGCGAGGACGGCUUCUUCCGCCACGAUCGCCUCCGCUUCCGGGACUUCGUGGAUGCCUUGGAGGACAGCCUGGAAGAGGUGGCCGUGCGACAGACCGGUGAUGAUGAUGAGGUGGAUGACUUGGAGAGUUUCAUCUUCAGCCACUUCUUUGGAGACAAGGCACCAAAGAAGAGGUCAGGGAAGAAGGACAGACACUGGCGGGGCCCGGGGAGGGGCUGAGGCCUGGCAUCCCCUGGCCCCGGGGACCACGGGACUCUCCUCUGGCUCCAAAGGGAAGCAGAAUCACGCAGUGCCACCCCGAUGCCCCGUCUGCUGGGAAAAGGCCUUGGCUGCAUCUGUCUUGCUGUCUAUGCAAACAUGUGCCAGUGCGGGCUCUGGUGGGAAGGGGGGCGGAAUCCUGACUCUGCAGCCUCGGCUUUCAUCCUCGCGCGCAUGCCGCCCCACUGUGGGCCCCUUGGCUCCACGCGCUGGCCUGUGCCCCCUGGGACGGGACUGGCCUUGCUGGCUGGAGGCCCAGCACGAGGGCUUUCCCUGGGGUUUUGUUAGACUUGAAGCAGCCAUCCCCCGGGGAGGGGGUGGUGAAGCCCCCUUUUUACCCCUGCUUCUCACGUGGCCGCACCUUCCUGUGGGAACUGUAGUCUCAGACCCCAGUAAAAUGCUGUUGGAGCUGUGGGGUGGGGGCUCUGUCACGGCGGUGGUAUCUGAGCACAGGGGCCCCCACGCCCACCUUGUCCCCCACGCCACCCUCCCGGCCACCCGUGGGCCCUCGGGGCCGGAACUCCCCAUUCUGCUGGCAGCCGCCUUGGGCCCCCCCCCCCCCGGGGAGAUGGAGAAAAUGAGCAUAGGUUUUGGAGUGUGCUUCCGUCCCUGGGAGCCUAGCGUUUCUGAUCCUCAAAAUAGGGGAUUGGACGCGGCUGGGGAGAGAUUGAAUAAAGCAAUGUAAGCAAAA